AAUUACAUAUCCCACCGACCGACGGCGAACUGGCGAACGGCAAACUGCCACACAGCGCUGCGUUUCCGUCUCACUUUUCCCUUUUUCAGAUCUCUUGAUUUAUUUCGAGUUUAUUUUCAAUGGCUAGGGUUUCCUUUUGAAUCCAGCAGGGAGUUGAGAAUGGAUUCCAUUGAUGGAUUAACAACACCCGACGACCAAAUCCAAUCUUUCUUCGAUUCAGCUCCUCCCCUCAAAGAUCGCCCUGAAAUCAGCCACAAAUUAAACCGAUUCAUCGAGUUCAACUCUCAGUCAUCAGGAGAUGGAAGACGGAGGAGGGUUGUUUGUGUCACGUCCGGCGGAACCACUGUUCCUCUGGAGCAGCGCUGCGUUCGGUACAUUGAUAAUUUCAGCUCAGGCAGUAGAGGAGCGGCAUCUACGGAGUAUUUUGUGAAGGCUGGAUAUGCGGUUAUAUUUUUGUAUCGAAGGGGUACCUGCCAACCAUAUUGUAGGGCUCUUCCUGACGACCCAUUGCUGGAAUGCUUUGAGUUUGCUGAUCAGUCUCAUAUUCAAGUGCGGGACUCACAUUCUGAAGCAGUGAAGAGAGCUAUUAGAGAUCAUCAUGCUGCAGUAGCUGGGGGUCACCUUCUAAAACUGCCCUUUACAACCAUAUUUGAAUAUCUUCAGAUGCUACAGAUGAUUGCAAUAUCAAUGAGGAGCCUUAGGCAUCAUGCAAUGUUUUAUCUUGCUGCUGCUGUCUCUGACUUCUAUGUUCCAUGGAAGAGCAUGGCAGAGCACAAAAUCCAAUCAGCCUCUGGCCCUUUGGACAUGCGACUUAUGCAAGUUCCAAAGAUGAUCUCUAUUCUGAGGAAGGAAUGGGCUCCCACGGCUUUCUGCAUAUCAUUCAAGCUUGAGACAGAUUCAAAGAUUCUCUUAGACAAGGCUGGGAUGGCUCUUAAAAAGUUCCAAGUGCAUGCAGUUGUUGCAAAUGAGCUGUUGACGAGGAAAGAGAAGGUUAUGGUUGUGACAAGCAAUGGAAAUAUUUCUGUUUCCGGGACAAGUCUGAGGUUAGUUCUGAUGUGGAAAAUCCUCUGGUUGAACUCCUUGUGGGCAGACACUUAGCUUACAUCAAGGAUUUCGAUACAUAAGAUUUUGGAAAAAUGAGAGAUAGGUGAUAUACUCAACACAGCUUUCAAAGCGACAUUUAUAUGCUUUUAGUUUCUCUAUUUGGUCAAAACGUCUCUCUGCAUUGUUGUAAUUUCCUUUCCUUACUGAUGAAAUUUGUUGAAAGGAAUGAGAAACAUGGAAAUUUCUUUUCAAAAAAUAGUAUUCUUGUAA